UGGCCGAAACAACUGUCAUUGAGAGUGAGUGGACGUGAUGGGGAAGACGGAGCUAGUGCUGGAAAACACGAAUUAAUCGUUUCAAGAAGUGUCGAAAACAACUUUUAAAGUUACAAACGCAAUGGUUUCAACUUUCGUCGGCAUGCGUUAGUAUCUUAAAGAGAAGCAGCAACUUUGGCAGUACGUCUCUCUUCCUGCUACAGGAAUAACAGCCAGUUUCGGAGGAUGUCGGCCCCCAGCAACUCGCUCCAGCAGGCGCGGGUGAGACGCAGCAAUGCGGGCUCCCCCGGCUCGUUCAACAACAACAACAACGGCGGCAGCGGCGGCGGCGGCAGCUGCCGUCUGCACCCCAUCCGUGCCACCGUGCCCUACCAGCUCCUGCGUGCGGGUCAGAGCAGCCCGACGCGGGCGCAGAUCCUCUACGGAGGUGCCGCGAACAGCCGAGGCUCGAGCACCCCCUCCAGCCCGACUCUCAGUUCAGGAAGUGGAAAUGCAAAGCAAAGACUGUCCCCCGAAAAUAGGGACCCCUCCUGUGCCCCAGACUCUCCUGUUUCCAGAGAAAGGUCCAAGGUACAGGUUCGGAGUUCCAGUGCCAUCCGGCGGACAUCUUCCCUGGAAGCCAUCACAGGGCCUUACCUCACUGGCCAGUGGCCUCGGGACUCCCAUGGACCAUACCCCUACUGUAUGAAAGACAAAGCCACUCAGACUCCAGGUCUCUGGAACGACGAAGGAGCAGAACAGGGAAGUCCUCACCAGCGGUCCGCCUCCUGGGGAAGUGCAGACCACCUCAAAGAGCAGAUUGCUAAACUGAGACUGCAGCUGCAGCGCACCAAACAGGUCAGCCGGCAGAGCAAAGACAGGGAGCAGAGCUCACUGCAGCUGCCGCAACAGGCUCAGCACAACACUGCAUGCCAGCCUCAGUACAAAGGAACUUCAUCAGCCUGGUCAACAAUCCCUGUGCCAAAAUCUCUCAUAUGCCGAGUGCCGAGCAGUGUGGAGGGCAUCAACCACGAGCUAGAAAAUGUGUUUAUCAGAGACGACUGGGAGCAGGGCAUACAGGCCAUGGAUGCAGUGGACGGCCGUCGCCCCCCGUUCCCACCGCACCGCUACAGCAAUAGUGGGGACACGCGUGACACAGACACACAGGCCCCUUCGAGUGGUGACUCCAGCCCGUCGCCCCGCCCCUGCAGCUCGGACCACCUCCACUCCCCUGAUGGAAGCCCCUGCUCUGCGGAGGAAAUUGACAAAGAGGGUGUGUGCAGUUCUCCUCUCCCCAAGUUCGCCACUUCUCCCAAACCUAACAACAGCUACAUGUUUAAACGGGAACCUCCAGAGGGCUGUGAGAAAGUCAAGGUGUUUGAGGAGUUGGUGUCUGGCAAAUCAAAAGGCUUCCCUCUCUUCUCAUGCCCGGACAAAAACAAGGUGAACUUCAUUCCCAGGGGCUCUGCCUUCUGCCCCGUCAAACUCCUGUGCCCCUCCCUCUUCUCCCCCGUUUCUCCCCUGUCCUGCUCCUCGGCCAACCCCGGUCUCCAUGGCAGCGACAACCCUGGGCCUCAGGUGACCCCGACUCGGCCCACCGCACCACUUCCUACCUUCCCGGCCUCCGCCGACUGGAGUGCCGACAAAAGCACAGGCCUGAACACAGACAGCAGCACAGACAGCCAGAGCCCUGACGCAGAUGUGGGGAAAGACGGCUCAGCACAAGUUCUCCUCACAAGCUAGUCCUCAGGUAUUCAUUACAAAACAAAAUAAAAAUCCUUGCACUCCAUUAAUCCUAACAUUAGCCAGCAGGGAGUGCCUGAGGUCUAGAAAUGACAAAAACUUAUGGAUAAUGGUACCAACAUCCUUCUGCACAAGAAAAAAUUUGUCUCACUGUCUGUGAUGUUUAAUCAAGAAACUUGAUGGCUUGGUCGUUGUCUCUCAGAUUUUAGAGUGCGCUGACCUUGGGCACAGCCUCCAUUUACCCAUCACUAACCUAGCCUUCUCAUCUUUACUUUGAUAUUGCACAUUACAAAAAUAGCUUUGCUUUCUUUUGCAGAAAUAGAGAUGACUGCUCAAAUCAUUGUUAGAUAGCAUCUGCAGUUUGAAAGUUUCAGAAAGAUACAGGCCCGUGGCCACUUUUUUUUCUCUCUGUUUAUUUUAAAACAUUUGCAGCACAGUGUCUGUGUGGAGCCAUCAGUUGCUGGAGUGCAGGCUCCGCCCAACAGGCUGUCAAUCCAAGACUUAGGUCUGAUCACUAUAAAAACUUGGUAAGCUCAACACAAAAUGCUAAUAUCAGCUGUUUAUUCAGAGACCAAAUAACCAGUCACAAAGCACACAACUCCCCCACUGCCUUGUUCUUUAGCUAUCGUCCCACACUACCCAGAACAAUAACUCAGGUCAUGUGGAAUGUACUUGCUUGGACUAUUUUGCCUUUCCCAAGUGUUCAUGACUUUCUCCUACAGAAAUGUUUUAUUUUAUUAUAUAUUUUUACCCUGGAGAGGGGAGGUCAUAACGGCUGAAUCAUAUGGUUGAUGUCACAGUUUGUGACCGACUACUUUUGUGUUAACCCGUUCAGGUGCUUUUCAGGCGCUACGACACAUUCCAGAAAUCGCUGUUGUGUCAGACAACUGCUGGCACUCAUGUAAAUGGAACUAGCUAAAUAAGCUACACCCUCUCAAAUUAAUAAGUUGACAAUUAUGUUGUUUGUUUUUGCCCCUUUGUUGAAUAUAUACCAAAGCAAAUUUCAAAGCAAUGAAAGGCCUGUCAUGCAUUUGGGACAAAAGAGGCCCCGUUUUUUUGUGUGUGCCAGAAACGGAAUGUUAAAGUGCGUUUUUGUCUUGUUUAUUAACAGUUGGUAAACAUGUAAACACUGGUUCAUAGUGUUUGAAACACAGGCACUAAUAGUUUAAACCAAGCCUUAGCACUUACUGUGUGAGUGAGAUGAUAAUCACUACUUCAAUUUUGGACCAAUUUAAAAACAAUCAGAACUUGAGUGUGCAAUUGAUUAUUUUUUUUUUUUUUAAGUACUGUAAAUGUACACUAACAUAUUAUCUGUGACACAGUUUGGCUCAUAAUUCAGAUCAUAGCAGAGGAUAGUUGUAUCACCAGAACAUAUUAAAAAGAGAAAAAAAAAACAUGACUGAUUUAGAGCAUGUGAACCUUGAAUGGGAGGAUUAAACUAUUAAAUGUUUCAUUCCAAAACGUUGGUCUACUUAGCCUUUUGCACACAGAAUCAAAUACGAACAACAUAUGCAACACAUUGCAACAAAAUUGAGGUGAAAUUCUGUUCUGCUUUCAGCUCCAAGAGUUUCAGUCAUACUAACACCAAUUCCAUUCACAAGCUCGUUGUGCAGUUAAGAAAUGGUUGCCAUGUUCGGCAAUGAUGAUUCAGUUUUCCUGUGUAUUACGCAUUUUUAUGUAGAUGUGUGUUUUUCAAUAAAGAAAACAAAGAAAAUCA